AUGAAAUCAGCUCUUCUUCUUCUUCUUCUCAUCGUCGUCUUGGCUACAGUAACCCCGAUGGCUCGUGGGCAGCGCCGGCUUCCAUCCGGUGGAAACAACUACUACGAAUGGCUCAUGCGCGCUCAACACGGAUCCUCCAUCGGAGCUCAAAACCCAAUCGUCUCCUCCAGAUCGCCAAAAAUGGACCGUAACUGCUUUUUCUCGCCCGUUCAAUGCAUGUUUGACACCUCGACGUCGGAUAAUUUGAAUUCUUUUCGUCGUUAA